UGGUAUAUCAGAUAGAGGUAUAAAACUAAAAGUCAACUCUGAAAGGGCACGUUUAUGACCAGCUUAGCGGUCAAAUCAUGGCAACUCUUUCUCACACAGGGCCUGUGCAUCGGGUGUAAUUGUGAUAUCCACAUAUUCCGCUAAAAGUGAGUAUUCGUUGUGACAACUGCAGCUACGGGAACAAAGCAUGGGUGGAAAGAUAUUUCCUUCAAGUGUAAGCAUUUGACCCCGGAGAUAGGUUGGUUCCUUUCUUCCGAGUGUGGGCAUGCUGUAUUGACGCUGUACCUCAGGGUUUCCGUGGGCUGUGCACUACAUGAGAUUUAUUGUCCUCUGUAUGGUUAUUAUGAUCAAUGUGCUUUUUGCGUACUCGGCUUCCACCUCCAAAGUUUACCAAUACCGUGCCGUCAUUGACCAAGGACAUCAGCAAGACAAGUACUAGUAUGGGCAUAGUAUUGACCCUGACCAGUAUCGGGCCUCGCACAGGGCCGUUAAUAGCCAAGACAAUUGAUUGCGAACGCCGGAGGAAAUUAUUUGCCGGCGCAGAUCUGGGCAGGCACGUCAUUGUUGGUCGGGACGGCUGCCUUGAUCGCUGCCAGGGACUUGGCCUCGGGGAUGACAGUUCUGUGUGAAGAUGUGACUUUUGGAAUGGAUGGUCGGAUGACCAAAAGUAUAUGACUACUCUUGGAGGUAUUUGACGGAAUGCCUUGCUUUGAACCUCGGGAUGGCGAAUGAAUUGGCCCGGACUUGCUUAUGGCCCCAUUUCAGACGUGCUUAUGAGGAAAUAUUGAAAUAAACUACAUACCUACCCAGAGGCAGCAUGGUUCACACAUACUCCAGCGAGCAUCGAGGACGUUAUCUAGCGUACUAAUGCCGUUCGCUGGCUGAUUAUUAUGCCGACAUGGUUUCCAUGGCCGAAGCGUCGGCAUUCCCAGGGUUCUCGUGACCCGAGGUCAUGCAUUGUUCCUGAUGAUCCGGGGGAAAGAAUCACGAUGAUCCUGUAGAAUAUUGAGAAGUUGUAAUCGAAACAAGAACAAUGGAUAAUGCGACGAAAAAG